AUGGUAAAAAAGAAAGAUACUGAUGAAAAUAUAUCAGAUGAACAUAGUAGGAGGUCUGAGCAUAAAAAGGAAGAUGUAGAAAGGCACCCAAAAGAAAAAAGAAGCUUGUCCAAUUCUAGCCAAGCGAAAAGAAGUUCGUCUAAUUGUUAUUCUAAAGAAAAACAUAUAGAAAGAAAAGUAAGAAGGGGAAGAAACUCACAUAGUAAUAAUUCGUAUGAAACGUCAUCCGAGGAACAUAAUGAUAAAUCUAGCUCAGAUGAGCAUAGAAGAAGGAGGAGAGAUAGAAACAGAGACAGAGAAAGAGACAGAGAUAGAGAAAGAGAUCGAGAUAGAGAAAGAGAUCGAGAUAGAGAAAGAGAUCGAGAUAGAGAAAGAGAUCGAGAUAGAGAUCGUGAUAGAGAUCGUGAUAGAGAAAGAAGAAGUAUAAGGGAAGAACGUUCAGGAAGAGAUGACAAAUAUGACAGGAGAAAAAAAAGAAGACACAGUAAUUUAAACCGCAAUUUGACAUCAUCUCAUGAAAGGUCAAGAUCAAGAGAACGAAGAAGAAGAAGGAUACAAGCAGAUUGUAUUAAAAAGGCAGGAGGAUUUAAACGGUUAGCUGAUAUGGAGGGUCAUGAAACGACAAAUGUUUUUUGGGAUGGUUUUCAAUGGGUAGCUAAAACAAAUCAAACAAAUCCACAUCAUUUAGAUCCAGCUAUAAUGAAUUCAACAAGAAAAUUGAGAAGAUUAUAUUUUGGAAAUUUACCUCUUCAUUUAGGAUUGAGUGAAAAUGCUUUUCAAGAAAUUGUAUGGAAUGAAAUGAAAAAAAGAAAAUAUUGUAAUGACGAAAAUAUAAAUCCUGUUUUAUAUGUAUGGUUUGCUAAAGACAAAGGAAAUUAUGGUUUUGUUGAAUUCGCUACGGUAGAAGAAACAGAAAGAGCUUUAACGAUGGAUGGUAUGAUAUGCAAAGGAGUGGCUUUAAAGGUGUCACGACCUAAUGAUUAUUCAACGAAUACGGUUAAACAAAAUCAAAAUAUGUUAUUACAAAAUAUAAACAAAAUUAAUAAUAAUAAUAAUAAUAAUAAUAAUAAUAGUAAUAAUAAUAAUAAUAAUAUGAUUAAUAAUGUAAUUAAUAAUACGAUAAAUAAUAUGCACAAUUAUAAUAAUAAUCCUUAUAACAAACCACCUCCGCCACCUCCGGGGGCACCGCCACAAAGUUUGUAUAUGCAAAAUAAUUUACAUUCCUCUUUAAAAAAUAUGGAUAAUAUACACACAAAAUACUUAAGAGUUAUUGAAAUUGUUUCACUUGAAUCUAUUAACCAUGAAGAAUAUUCAACUAUUCUUGAAGAUAUUAAAGAAGGGUUUCAUAGCCAAGGAUUAAUUAUUAAUGCUAUUUUAAUUAAUCAAAAAUAUGUACAAAACACUCCUUUUAAUAUUGGAGAUGUUAUUAUCGAAUUCGAAAGUGAAGACUCUGUUGAUAAAAGCAUUCAAAAUAUGUCUAGUAGAAAAUAUGAAGGGAAAUUUAUAAAAAUGGACAAAUGUGAUCAACAUACAUUUGAUACAUACGUAAAACCAAUCAUUCGUGAUUUAUAUGAUAAUCAAUGA